CAUCCUAUCUGGCUACGCAAAAUACUAAGUACUUUGUCUUCCUUCUUUCUAAAAUUAAAUUCCAAAUUUGUAAAAAAAUUAUCUUUUUUUCAUACUUUCUCUCUCUCAGUUUUGGAUUCCCCCACACCCACCAAACUAAAACGCUUCUUUUUAAUCAGAAGAUUCAAAACAAAACCCAUCACCACCAUUCAUCAAAGUUUGAUCUUUUUCACUUCAAUUCGUCAUUUUCGUUUCGUUUAAGCACAAAAGCUAUGCCGAACUGGGAGCUCAAGAACUGUUGUGACCAAGACCAGAAGGUCUUCAUUGCUUGUGUUGCUGCCUUCACCGUUGUAAUCCUCGUGCUAUGGAGGACUUUUCUACUUACACCCUUUAAGCUCAUCACUGUGUUUCUGCAUGAAGCGAGUCAUGCAAUUGCUUGCUGGCUCACUUGUGGCAAGGUGGAGGGAAUUCAGGUUCACGCAAAUGAGGGUGGGGUAACCCAGACACGUGGUGGCAUAUACUGGAUUAUCUUGCCUGCUGGAUAUCUUGGUUCAUCAUUUUGGGGUAUGGCUUUGAUACUUGCAUCCACAAAACUUUUCACUGCAAAAAUAGCUGCUGGUUGCUUUAUUGCUGCUCUGAUUAUUGUGCUCUUUCUCGCAAAAAAUUGGACACUACGAGGACUCUGUAUUGGGUUUAUUGUUUUUAUUGCUGUAAUUUGGCUUCUGCAAGAGAAAACAACGGUCCAUAUCCUUCGCUAUGUCAUUCUCUUUAUUGGUGUGAUGAACAGUUUGUUUUCAGUUUAUGAUAUUUACGACGAUUUAAUAUCUCGAAGAGUCCACUCUAGUGAUGCUGAAAAGUUUGCAGAAGUUUGCCCAUGCCCCUGUAAUGGUGUAGGAUGGGGAGUUAUUUGGGGGUUGAUAUCAUUUGCAUUUCUUUGCGGAUCUUUGUACCUUGGCCUGGUCAUAUUAUCAUGAGGUUGAGAAAGUUGUAUCCAAGCUGUUUGGUACUGCAAAGAGCUUGACUCUUUCUAAUUUGAUGUUUUGUAUUCUGAUUUUUCUAUUUUAUUUUUCUGGUGGGAAUUGUUACUCCGAUGCCUUCAUUCUUUGCAGCCUAUUUUGGGUUGCUUGAUAAAUGAUUGCUUUUGUAUAGAAACUUAGUGAAAUACAGGUGAGUACUUCCAUAGAUAGAUGCCUUUGGCACUUUGCUGCUA